GCUCAUCGCUCGUUGUAUCGAUCUUUAUUGCUCUCUCUCUCUGUCGCGUUAGGUCUUCGUCAACUUCGACCAGGCAUCAUGUUGGUGUACCAGGAUUUGCUCACUGGUGAUGAACUGUUGUCUGACUCAUUUCCUUACAAGGAAAUUCAAAAUGGAAUGCUCUGGGAGGUUGAGGGGAAGGUUAGAAUAUAUGAGGGAGGGGGCAUUUGGGUCAUUUCUCAGAUAAGAGUUUGAGUACUUUUAAGGAGCACCGUGCAUAGGGAAAAGAAAAAGAGGGGGAGCUGGGCUGGUUCGUGAGAGGGGCUCUCGUCGCCGCACACAGGAAGGACUUUUCUUCCUCAUCCUCUCCGAUGCUUCCCACCGUUGGACUUGCACUGCCACCGGCGACAGACACUCACAACUGCCUCCUUCUCUCCGCUGCCAUCGAGCUCGAGGGCUUCGUGUGUGAUCUUUCCGCCAUUGCUAGGAGAAGGAGAAUAUGGACUUCUCCUUAGUCCUUCACCGCUGCGGCCGGACAUAUCUACCGACGACGACCGCCAUUAGAGCCACCUCCUCCCUUUUCCUUCGACUCUGACGGCUCCCGCCAUGGCUGCCAGCGUCUCACGCCGUCACCACCGCCUCCAGCGUCCGCUACAGUGACUCCCAGUGACCACCACAGCCGCCUCUAGCGGCUGUCGUCACCUCUUCCGACACACGCUGCCACCUACAGCGGCUACCAUAGCUUCUCGCGGCUACUGCCGUCUUCGACAGCUUCGGGGGUCGCCGCCGAUACUUCCGGGCAGCCGCCGUCCAAGUGCUCAGGUAUCAUCUAUUUGUAUACUCCGGCUUGCGAGUCGAGAUUGUGUUCGGCCUUCGUGCCAUGGUUAUAUUCCGGCCUGCGUGCCGCUGUUGUAUGCUGGCUUGCGAGCCGAGGUUGUAGUCGGACCGUGCUUCGCCUUGUGGAUCCAUAUCACGCCCGGCUUUGAGCCACCAAAGCCGGCUACUCUCCUGGUGGAUAUUUAUCUACUAUUUAGAGCCGCGACGACUCAGUCAGUAUCCCGAUCAGCUCAUCCACCUAUCCGAGGGCGCCCCCCCGGGGCCAGGGUACGUUACCGUACCCCUCCUGCAUUUAUUUUACUAUCCUGUUAUUAGUAUUCAGCUACUUAUAUACUUGUGGAAUUCGCCUCGAGCACCGAGGUACCAGAGAUCGGGGCGACCCGGUCACUGGAUGCAGGGAUUGUUGACUGGAGGACUUUUGACGACUCGAUCAACACAGAAGACAGAUCAUCAACCGGGUCAUGGGGAUGCGGUCAACGUUCCAGACACGUCACACGGGCAGGUUCGUCUUCUCAGCUUCCCGACAGGAUCAAAUUGGCGCCGUCUGUGGGAACGCACCUGAUAUGGAACAUGAAGAUGGACAACGCCGAAAAAUUCUACCAUCCUCAUGACCUCGUGGGUAGUCAAAGGAGUUGAUGUAGAUAUUGGUGCAAAUCCUUCUGCAAAAGAGGGAGAAGAUGAAGGUGUUAAUGAAAACACUGUUAGAGUGGUUGACAUAGUGGACACCUUUAGACUUCAGGAACGACCUUCUUUUGAUAAAAAACAAUUUGUGACAUUUAUCAAGCGCUAUAUCAAGUUACUUACGCCUAAGCUGGACGAGGAAAAGCCAGAAUUGUUCAAGAAACAUAUUGAAGCAACUACAAAGUUCUUGCUCUCCAAAAUCAAAGACUUGCAAUUUUUUGUGGGUGAGAGCAUGCUUGAUGAUGGAAGUCUUGUCUUUGCAUACUAUAAGGAUGGUGCAACUGAUCCAACAUUUUUAUAUUUGGCCUACGGACUAAAGGAGAUCAAGUGUUAGGGACGGUCUCAAGUUCCAAAGAUGUUUUGAGGAAAACAUAAUUUUAUAGAUUUUGUUUCGUUUUGAUUAGUGUUUCAAAAAUUGUUUUGAAAUGGUUCAAACCAUUUUUUUACUUAUGAUUGGGUUAGA